AUGUGUAAAGAGUGUUGCUGUUGUUGUUGCUGCUGUUGUUGUUGUCCUGAAGAAUGUCAAGAAAGUUGUGGAUGUAAACCCGAUAAUAAAGUGAAAGCACAAGUUAUUCAACCAGGAACAGUGCAUCAACAACCUGCAGUUAUUCGUGUUGACGACAAUAAUCAAUAUCGAGCACCGACUGUUUCGCAGCCGACGACUAGACAAACACCCGUUGUUGUAAGAAGAAUUGAAUCAACAACUGUUGUGCGUACACAACAAAAUCGAGGGCCAGCUCGUCCACCACCAACUCCAGUUAAUCGAAUUCAACCACAAAGAAAACCAGAUCCAACGCCAGUUGUUGUAGUGUCUCCAGCUCCGCAGCCUCAACCGACUGUAAAAUAUAUUCAACCAGCACCUGAACCAACUGUGCAGACAUGGAAUCCAGCACCUGAACCAACUGUAGAAACAUGGAAUCCAGCACCUGAACCAACUGUGCAGACAUGGAAUCCAGCACCUGAACCAACUGUAGAAACAUGGAAUCCAGCACCUGAACCAACUGUGCAGACAUGGAAUCCAGCUCCUGAACCAACUGUAGAAACAUGGAAUCCAGCACCUGAACCAACUGUGCAGACAUGGAAUCCAGCUCCUGAACCAUCUGUGGAAACAUGGAAUCCAGCACCUGAACCAACUGUGCAGACAUGGAAUCCAGCUCCUGAACCAUCUGUGGAAACAUGGAAUCCAGCACCGGAAGCAGCAGUGGAAACAUGGAAUCCAGCACCCGAAGCAGCAGUGGAAACAUGGAAUCCAGCACCCGAAGCAGCAGUAGAAACCUGGGAUCCGGCACCGGAAGCAACGGUUGAUACAUGGAAUCCUUAA